AUGACGGUGAUGUCCGGAGAGAACGUGGACGACGCUUCGGCCGCCCCAGGCCACCCCCAGGACGGCAGCUACCCGCGGCCGGCCGAGCACGACGACCACGAAUGCUGCGAGCGCGUGGUCAUCAACAUCUCCGGGCUGCGCUUCGAGACGCAGCUCAAGACGCUGGCGCAGUUCCCCAACACGCUGCUGGGCAACCCUAAGAAACGCAUGCGCUACUUUGACCCGCUCAGGAACGAGUACUUCUUCGACCGCAACCGGCCCAGCUUCGACGCCAUCCUCUACUACUACCAGUCUGGGGGCCGGCUGCGCCGGCCGGUCAACGUGCCGCUGGACAUGUUCUCCGAGGAGAUCAAGUUUUACGAGCUGGGCGAGGAGGCCAUGGAGAAGUUCCGGGAGGACGAGGGCUUCAUCAAGGAGGAGGAACGGCCCUUGCCAGAGAAGGAGUACCAGCGCCAGGUGUGGCUGCUCUUCGAGUACCCGGAGAGCUCGGGGCCCGCGCGGGUCAUCGCCAUCGUCUCCGUCAUGGUCAUCCUCAUCUCCAUCGUCAUUUUCUGCCUGGAGACGCUGCCCGAGCUGAAGGACGAGAAGGACUUCCCGGGCGCCGUCCACCGCCUGGACAACACCACGGUGGUUUACAACGCCAACAUCUUCACGGACCCCUUCUUCAUCGUCGAGACGCUGUGCAUCAUCUGGUUCUCCUUCGAGCUGGUGGUGCGCUUCUUCGCCUGCCCCAGCAAGACGGACUUCUUCAAAAACAUCAUGAACUUCAUCGACAUCGUGGCCAUCAUCCCUUAUUUCAUCACCCUGGGCACCGAGAUAGCAGAGCAGGAGGGGAACCAGAAGGGUGAGCAGGCCACCUCACUGGCCAUCCUCAGGGUCAUCAGGUUGGUAAGGGUAUUUAGGAUCUUCAAACUCUCCCGCCACUCUAAGGGCUUGCAGAUCCUGGGCCAGACCCUCAAGGCUAGUAUGAGGGAGCUAGGGCUGCUCAUCUUUUUCCUCUUCAUCGGGGUCAUACUGUUCUCUAGCGCAGUGUACUUUGCCGAGGCGGAAGAAGCUGAGUCGCACUUUUCCAGUAUCCCUGAUGCUUUCUGGUGGGCGGUGGUGUCCAUGACCACCGUAGGAUACGGUGACAUGUACCCUGUGACAAUUGGAGGCAAGAUCGUGGGCUCCUUGUGUGCCAUCGCUGGUGUGCUGACAAUUGCCCUGCCCGUACCUGUCAUUGUGUCCAAUUUCAACUAUUUCUACCACCGAGAAACUGAGGGGGAAGAGCAGGCUCAGUUGCUCCAUGUUAGCGCCCCUAACUUAGCCUCUGACAGUGACCUCAGUCGGCGCAGCUCGUCCACUCUCAGCAAAUCUGAAUACAUGGAGAUCGAAGAGGAUAUGAAUAAUAGCAUAGGCCACUUUAGACAGACCAAUAUCAGGACUGGCAAUUGUGCCACAGCUAACCAAAACUGCGUUAAUAAGAGCAAGCUACUGACUGAUGUUUAAAAAGCCAAGCAAAGAAACUUUAAAAAGCCCCCUACUUAGCAGCUUGAAAGACUUAAAAAAAAAAAAAAAACCCCAAAAUCAAACCAAACCCCGAGUGACCAAAGUCACUCUCUGUAGAUACUUUACUAAGUAAG